AUGAGACCUGAUUUUCCUAAUUACCUCACUGUGGCCGUGAAGGCUUUGCUAAAUGCCAGCAAUCAUAAAGAUAAAGAUCUUUCUUUGACUGCUGUAGAGUGUUUAAACAAAGCAAUAAACAGUUUGAUGAGUACCCAAGCUGAGAGGCUACUAUUAGAACUUUUUGAAGAAAUAAAUAAGAACGCUUCAACAAAAUCUCUAAGAAUUGCGUUAACUAAGUUUGCAGAACUAUCUCACUUAUUAAGACCACUAAAACGCAAAGCUUUUGUAAAGUCGCUCAUAACCCCUUUGCGCCAGAUUUGCAAACGAGUUGAAGAUGAAUCUCUUCAGAUUGCUUUGGAAACUUCCUUAAGGAAGAUCUGCUCGUCGUAUGGUCUUUACUUCUCCUCCGCCAACAUUUUAGCGUUGCUAAAGACGGGAAAGACUAUUUUAAUUCACAGCUCCUCCGUGGUGAGACGGGCGGCUUGUUCUCUCAUAAGUAGUGUGUGCCAGUAUGCGCGAUCACCAGAAGCGUUUAUCCCUCGCCUGCUUCACGAUUUAUAUUUACUCUCGCAACAGGAGGGGGGCAACAACAACGCUCUACAAGGUGUUUUUAUGUGCUUGUCUAAAAUUAUUGACGCCAUUGUGUCAAGAAAUGAUACUCAUCUUCUUGAUUUUGAGGGAACAAUUGAACAUGAUGUCUACCACACUCUUCUUCGCUUUAUAAAAUCCUUCACUGGACAUUUAAUAGAUGCACCCCCUCCCGUAACAAGCACUAUUUUAGAAGCUUUUGCUCGAAUUUUGCAGUUGCCUUUUGUUACAUCCACCAAAGUAUUACGUGAAGGAGGUGUUAUGAGGGGCCUGUUUAAAGAACUGUUCAAUAAUUUAUUAUGCUUUCUUUUGCCUUACAAAUCAACGGCACAUAUAAAAGUUACUGUGAAGACUUCCUCUCUUACUUGCUUGGGCUUAUUAUAUCAUGCUUUCUCCCACCUUUCUACUGACACUCUUGAAAGUUUUUCUACUUGCUUUCAGAUAAUAGAAUAUAUGAAGCAUGAGGACCCCGCUGUCAGAGGUAGCGUCGUCAUGAUGUCAGGGCGGGUCCUUAAGAACUUGUGCUUCCCCUUUAAUACACCUGCGAACCCUUCAAACAUUCGAGGUUAUGAAAAAGAAUGCCAGGGCUUGAUGGAAAAUUAUGAGCAGCUAGUAAACGUUAUAAUCGAAGGACUUUAUGACAAAUACCCCGCUACUCAGAAACUCUCAAUUUCUGCCACGGGGUUAUGUUUCCAUUCCUUGUUGCUGUGUACACCUGAAACUGGUGUUAAAUUAGCCAAGUCUUUAAUACAGCUUUUAAGUAGUGAAAGCCAUUGGUCUGUACGACUCGAACUUUUAGAGGUUAUUAAGAAUAUGGACUUUGGAUAUAUUACUUAUCUGGAAAAUUGUUUUGGGCCUGCUUUUGUAUCUUCAAUGAGUUUUCAGCAGUCGAUCUUAUCUCUUCUGUUGGCAUGUUUAGAUGAUCCAGUACCGAAUAUUAGAAAGAAGGCUUCUAACUGUUUGGCUUGCAGCGUCACUUCUUUAUCUUUUAGCAAUUACAUGAAUGCGGAAAUUUGCUUACCACGAUGGCUGGCUGUGAGGCAGUCGCUAUUACUAACUUCUUUUGGGGCAAGCCCAGCUGAUCUAGUGACGGCUAACUCUUUGAUACUUUUAAGAAAACUUGUCGAAAAACUUUAUGGCUUUAGUCGUCUGGAUUCAGCUGAGCGGAAGGAGGAUUAUCGCACAUCGUCUCUAUCAGGAUGCUAUAACGCCAUUCUUGAAGUCACUAAAAAGUGCGGAGAAUACGCCUGCUGGUCAAUAAAUAAACAGUUAGGAUUAAAAAAACAAUUUUGCGAGUGUUAUACAGACAUCAUUCUUUUCUCUUUGGAAAUUCUAUCCACCUCCGAAUUUUGUACUAAUAUACAGCUUCACGCUCUCAUACUAGAUGUGAUGGCGCUCGUACUUAACAACGACGUUGCAUCGGCUAGCGAAAAACUGCUCCCCGACGUCUUUGCUCAUCUUAUGUGCGUACUUCAAGUCUGUGCAAGCGCCGUCUCACAGUCGAUGGCCCAAGACAUCUUUUUUUCCUCUUCCAAGAAGUUUACUAACGGUCAACCACAAGCUAAUAGUUCUGAGCAAAGUUCACAAUGGAUUUUCACACUUAGGAGCAACAAAGCCUAUAAAGAGCUUUUCCUUAUAAUUGAAAAAGUAUAUAAGGGAUCCAAGAUAGCCUUAAACACUGAGGAACUCAAUAUUUUUAAAUGCUUUAUAAAGUCGGUGCUAUCUUUCUUUCCAGUUUUGCUAGACUGCAGUAUCAUACAGCAACAACAAAGCUAUGAAAAAAUAGUUAAAUGUUUAGAGAAUUUGUUCCUCUUCUCUCCUAAGGAAACCAUUCAAUGCGUGGAAGUGAUAAUUUCUGUGCUUUUUAGCGCUGAGCAUACUUCAGCACAAACUGUCUCAUUGCCUUUAUACUCUCACUUUUAUAAGUACUUUUACCAAGAAUCUGCCGAUAUUGAUGACUAUCAUAUUGACGCCAUUUCUAUAGCCUCUAAUCUUUCAAAGGGGGAGCAAAACGCGCAUAAAAAUGAGGAACAUAGCGAUAAGGCCGGCCGACAACGACUAUUAAGGCUUUUUGAGAGUCUCGUCCUUAGAGCUAAGCAGGAGUGUUAUACCUCCUCUGACCUUGCGUAUCACGAGCACUUCCUGGACUUGCUAAUAAUACUGAUCAAUCUACGCGUCAAUUACUCGUUACUUGACCAUAACAGCGUUUUUGUUGACUUUUUGUUAAAACUUCUCGAGCUAAUCCGCUCGGGACACGUAAAAAAUCCUUCGGGGGUGGUGCGAGCGGUAGCUCGGUUUUUCUGCACCUUGCUGUCGUCUCAUACGGACACGGAUGGAAAGGUGACGGAAGACACUGUAUUGGACAUUUUUCUGCAUUUUUUUCACUCUUCUUAUACUUCUGAAAGCUACAGCCAGAGGUUAUACUUUAGAGGAGCUGCCGUUGCGGGACUGACUGUUUACUAUGAAUAUUGUGUUGUUAGCUCUGUUGGCUUGAGUGCUAAUCAAAGAAAGUCGCUUGAGGCGCUUAUGAAUUGCUUGCAAUGUACAGAGACGUUGGAAGUGCUUUUCCGCACCCUUCAAAAUGCUAAAUAUUCUGAGCUUAAAAGUCUUGUUUCGAACAAACUUUGCCGUGGAAUUACAACGGCAUUGAAAGAUUUAAAUUCACUUGACGAAUGCUGUUCAUUUAAUUAUAUGAACUAUUUCUAUUCAAGACCUUGA